CCUUUGUUUUGAUCUGAAGUGACCCGGCUAGGGCGUUUGGGGGCUGCAGUCAGGGCUGCAGUCGCUGCAGUCUGCGUCGGGCUCCGCGGUGUUAGGUGUGUGUGGUGGUUGUGGAACUUUUAUACAGCGUUUUGCCAAAUACAUUCACAUUUAUUUUGGUAUUAAUAUUUACUAUACCAGGCAACAAUCAUUGAUUCAAACGUUUUGGAGACGCUUGAACUCAAACUUCCUUUCCAACGGAUCAAGGCUUCCAGCUGAGAGCUGAAACAGGUUGAGGAUGGAGGAGCAGAAAGUAUGGGUGCCGCACCCAAGUGACGGCUACCAGCUGGGUCAGAUCGCUGACCUGGCUGAGGAUGGCGCCACGGUUCAGCCUCUGGACCCCAAGCGGCCGGCGGUGACCGUCCCCUACGACCGGCUCUACCCUGCCGAGCAGGACGAUAACAAGGAUGUAGACGACAACUGUGCCCUGAUGAACCUGAACGAAGCCACACUGCUCAACAACGUACGGCUUCGCUACGGACGGGACGCCAUCUAUACGUACGUGGCCAACAUCCUGCUGGCGGUGAACCCGUACAAGGACAUGCGGCAGCUCUACUCGUCCGAGGUCAUCAAAAAGUACCAGGGCAAGUCCCUGGGCACGCUGCCGCCGCACGUAUUCGCCAUCGCCGACAAGGCGUUCCGCGACAUGAAGGUGUUGAAGCAGUCCCAGAGUGUGGUGGUGUCUGGUGAGAGCGGCGCCGGCAAGACCGAGUCGACCAAGUACAUCCUGCGCUACCUCUGCAAGUCGUGGGGCAGCGCGGCCGGAGAGAUCGAGGCCAGGAUACUGCAGGCUAACCCGAUUCUGGAGUCGUUCGGUAACGCCAAGACGACUCGCAACAACAACUCGUCUCGAUUCGGCAAGUUCAUCGAGAUCCACUUCAACGACCGCAUGUCUGUGGUGGGCGGCUACAUCUCCCACUACCUUCUGGAGCGGUCACGGAUCGUUGGUCAGAGUCGGGAGGAGCGGAACUACCACAUCUUCUACCAGAUAUGCGCCGGAGCGCCCGACAGCCUGCGAAAGCAGCUGCGACUCAGCAGCCCCGACCACUUCCAGUACACCCGGCUGGGCUGCACGCAGUACUUUGCCGACAAGGAGAGCAAACAGUCGAUGAACGCCGACCGGCAGAGCGCCGACCACCGCAAGAAGGGUCCUCUCAGCGACCCGAACCUGGACGACGCCAAGGACUUCGCCCGGCUCGACAAGGCGCUGGCUACUAUUGGUCUGGGUGAAAAGCAGCGCCUGGACAUUUACACGACGGUGGCGGCCGUCCUCCACCUGGGAAACGUCGCCUUCGAGGACAACCCCGAGGACAGGAAAGGUGGCUGUAUGGUCUCUCCAUCGUCGGAGCAGUCUCUGGCCACGGCGGCCGCGCUGCUCGGCGUCGAUCCCGACGAGCUGAACCAGGCCCUGCUCUCGCGUGUGAUGCAGACCAGCAAGGGCGGCGCCAAGGGCACGGUCAUCAUGGUGCCGCUGAAGACGCACGAGGCGCACAGCGCUCGGGACGCGCUCGCCAAGGGCAUCUACUCACGCCUGUUCGACUACAUCGUGUCUGUGAUCAACCAGAGCAUCCCGUUCAGCUCGUCCAGCUACUAUAUCGGCGUGCUGGACAUUGCCGGCUUCGAGUACUUCACGGUGAACAGUUUCGAGCAGUUCUGCAUCAACUACUGCAACGAGAAGCUGCAGCAGUUCUUCAACCAGCGCAUCCUGCGCGACGAACAGGAACUCUACGAGCGAGAGGGGCUCGGCGUCAAGAAGAUCAGCUACGUCGACAACCAGGACGCCAUCGACCUGAUCGAGACCAAGGGCGGCAUCCUGUAUCUGCUGGACGAGGAGUCGAAGCUGCCGCGCCCCUCGGCCGUCCACUUCACCCAGUCGGUGCACAGCGGCUGCGGCAGCUCGUUCCGGCUCGCACUGCCGCGCAAGUCCAAGCUGCGCGACCACCGCGAGAUCAGAGACGACGAAGGUUUCCUGGUGCGGCACUUUGCCGGCGCUGUGUGCUACCAGACGGACAAGUUCCUGGAAAAGAACAACGACGCACUGCACGGUUCGCUGGAGGGCCUGAUCCACGAGUCUCGCAACGCCUUCCUGCAGGGUCUGUUCGCCAGCCAGGCCGCCACCAACGGGAAGGCGCCCGCCCGCGGUAAGCUGGCGCUCGGAUCCGUGGGCUCCAAGUUCAAGCAGCAGCUUUCCGACCUCAUGGACAAGCUCAACUCGACGGGUACCAACUUCAUCCGGUGCAUCAAGCCGAACCCGAAGAUGGUGGACCGUCUGUUCGAGGGCGGUCAGAUCCUCUCGCAGCUGCAGUGCUCCGGAAUGACCACGGUACUGCAGUUGAUGCAGCAAGGCUACCCGAGCCGUGCGCCCUUCAACGAGCUCUACGCCAUGUACAAAAAGUACCUGCCCAAGGAGCUGGCGCGACUCGACCCGCGCCUCUUCUGCAAGCUGCUGCUGCGAGCGCUGGGUCUGAACGAGCACGACUUCAAGUUCGGCAUGACCAAGCUGUUCUUCCGUCCAGGCAAGUUCGCCGAGUUCGAUCAGAUCAUGAAGUCGGAUCCGGAGAACCUGGCCGCUCUUGUGGCGCGCGUGCGCAAGUGGCUGGUGGUCUCCCGCUGGAAGAAGGCGAUAUGGUGCGCGUACUCUGUCAUCAAACUGCGCAACAAGAUCCUGUACCGCCGCGAGAACCUGGUGCUGCUGCAGAGUCAGACCCGCGGCUACCUGGCCAGGAAGCACUACCGCCACCGCUACCUGGCAGUCAUGAAGGUGAAGGGCCUGCAGUCGACGCUGACGCAGAUGGCCGACAUGGUUUCCAAGAUGAAGAAGGACCGCGAGGCAUCGGCCAAGCACGUGCAGCAACUGCAGGUCUCCUUCGAGACGGUGGUGAAGAAAAUCCGCUCCAAGCCGCUCACACAGCCGCAGGUGGAGAAGGAGGUGGCCGAGCUGACUGCCACGCUGCAGCGCGAGUUCGCCUCGCUCAAGGCCAAGCUGGAGCAGCAGAAGAUCGCUGAGGAGAAGGAGCGGCUGCGCCGGAUUCAGGAAGAGAUGGACAGAGAGCGGCGCAGGCGGGAGGAAGAGGAGCGGCGGCGCCGCGAGGAGGAAGAGCAGCGCAGACAGCGGCUGGAGAUCGAGGCGCGCAGAAAGGAGGAGGAAGAGCUGCGCCGCAAAAAGGAGGAGCAGGAGCGGAUCCAGGAGGCGGCCCUGCGCAAAAAGAGGGAGGAGGAGGAGAGGGAGAUGAAGAAACUCCAGGAGCAACAGGAGCAGGAAAAGCGGGAUUACGAGCUGGCCGUCCGACUGGCAGACGAGUCCAAAACGGGCGGCGUGGAGGAGGUCCAGCCUCUCAAACGAUCACCGCUGGUGGCUCAGCAGCAGGCCGAGGCGGCCAACAAGAAGUACGACCUCUCCAAGUGGAAGUACUCGGAGCUGCGUGACACCAUCAACACCAGCUGUGAUAUCGACCUGCUGGAGGCCUGUCGUGUCGAGUUUCACCGGCGCCUCAAGGUGUACCACGCCUGGAAGGCCAACAGCAAGAAGCGCACUACCGACAUGGACGAGACGCAGCGUGCGCCGAGCUCCGUGCUGGAGGCAGCCGCCGCCGGCCGGCCGGCGCCCGCCGCCGCCGCGCCCGCCAGCGGGCCGCCGCAACCGCAGCACCGCUUCUUCCGAAUCCCGUUUGUGCGGCCGGGCCAGCAGAAGGAGAACCAGGCGCGCGGCUGGUGGUACGCCCACUUUGACGGCCAGUGGAUCGCCCGCCAGAUGGAGCUGCACCCGGACAAGCCGUGCGUGCUGCUGCGAGCAGGCAAGGACAGCAUGCAGAUGUGCGAGCUGAGUCUGAACGAGACCGGCCUGACGCGCAAACGCGGCGCCGAGAUUCUGGAGUCCGAGUUCGAGAAGGAGUGGAACAAGCACGAGGCGGCGAACGCCAAGUGAGCUCGACCGAUACCGUCGGCAGCGGCGGGGUCGGUCGGCCGCCGCGCCGCAGCUGCGGCUGACCGCGGCUUCCGUCGGCUCUGUCACUGGUGGUCGUGGGAUGCGCUGGAUCCUGCCGGGCUGCGGGCUAGUUGGGCCACUACUGCAAGUGCUGAUGUUUUGAUCGAGCGGAUCAUUGUGCCUUCAGCCUACCGUGAGAGUUUUGCUUCCUCCGCGUAUCACGCAAAGCUGGCUUUUCUGGCAGCCCCCGGAGUGUCGGCGCCCGGCGCGGUGCUCCCCCGCCCCCGCCCCCGCCCGGCGGUUGGCGGCCGGCGCUAUCGCGGCAUUUACGGCGUGCGGAAAGGCCGCGCUGCCGAGUGAGGCCGUAAUUAGCACGUCCGGCACUGUUUGCUGCCAAUCGUCCGUGUUUGCCGGUGGCCGGCGGCUAAUCUGCGCGCCGGGACGCGGGCCGGGCUGCCCGCCGCCCACCGGCCGUGCCGCCGCCGGGUACGAGCCCCUCGGCCGGUCGGCACCGGGCACACCGGAACGCAGAGUGGUGACGGUAGUCGGCCUCAUUGGAAUGUUUCUUCCAAAAACGAUUUAGGCAGUUGUAUGUGGCGGAGUUCAGAAAGUGUUACUUCCGAGUUUUCCUAAGAAACUGUGAGCUUCCGUCAACUUCGACAUCGGUAAUGACAGCUAACAGUGAUGUCACAGGCUAAACGUCUGUGGCAUCACUUCACCGACUCGUCCUGGCUUCGGCCAGGUCACGGGACGGUGCCCGUGACGUCAUAAAUGACGUCACGGUCGCAGCUGCCCAGUAUGUUUUGUACUUAAAGCGAGGCUCGGCAGGGAUGCGUACGAGUCGCAGUGGAGUCUUUGGGCUGACCUUUUGGUAGUCUCUUCACCGAUGGCAUGCGUCUUUUGUGAGACGUAGGUAAUGCAGCAUUCCAGCUUGGUUAUGAGUAUAUUUUCGAUCAAUCUAAUUGCUUUAUUUGCGAUCAGCAUAUUAUAUGUAUUCUAUCCACUUUGAGUAAGUUGUUAAUUGUUGUCAGAUUGUGAUUUAGGCAUUUGAUGUUCGUUAUAAUCCUUAUGUUUCAUAUCAUGGAUGGAGUCGGCUUAUGACAGUAUUUUAAGUUUGAACGUUUCUAUGUGACCUGCCUGUGAACAGUACGCACUUCUUCUGUUUGAUUUCGUGUCGACUGUGCAGCGUUAUCGUUGUGCUUUCCUGAUCGACAGCGGUGGAUGAUGUAAUGUGAACAGAUUUCCAAAUAAACAUGGCGGCUAUACAA